AUGGCUACAGGGCAUGGCUGGCCAAGGCUGUCCUCAAUAAGUAUUGCAGUUGUUAUAAAAUUAGACUCCCCAAGAGAGUUUACUUGGGCUUCGUAUCGCAAUAUCAAAUCGUACUUUACAAAUAAUUUUAAGUUCUGCGGGCGCCGCAUAACCAAUUCACUAUUUUGUAAUGAAAAAAAUGUGAUCAAAUUUCUUUACAUAGACGGGAUAGAUCCUGGAACCCCACAGUCACCUGCCUGGAGAAUAACGCCAACUAGUGAACCGGCUACCCAAGGAAAAAACAAAACUUUAUACUGCUUUGCUGUUGGAAGGCCUCCACCAAAAAUAACUUGGAAAAAAAAUGGCCAAGAAAUCAUCAACGGAUGGAAUUCCUUUGAGAUCCCUGACGCCUUCUAUGGAAGACUUCUUAAGAUUAUCAAUGUGAAGAGGGAUCUUCAUCAGGACGUAUACACUUGUGAAGCUGAAAAUUCUCAAAACAGUGGAAACCCUUUAGUUUACACAAUAAACCUGAAUGUAGAAGUUCCUCCACGGUGGAAAGCCGACAUCCCUCCCCCGAAAAAGAAAAGCAUUGACAUACAAGGGAAAGGUACAUUACUUUGCAACGCUGUUGCAGACCCUGUGCCGUCAUAUUCCUGGUACAAAGAUGGCACAAGAAUCGUUUCCUCGACGUCUUACGUAAAAGUAGCUAACGAUACGUUGAAGUUCGAAAACGUGACACUACAAGAAGAUGGUGUUUACCAGUGUGUAGCAGAAAAUAGACUGGGAAUGAUCGUGUCUUCCACUUGGGUGAAUGUGCGCGCCAUGCCACCGACCUUUGUAGAGUUUGGUCCAUUUUACUUGUACAAAGAUCGUGAAGCAAAGUUGAAAUGCCAACCCGAGGCAGCACCUAAGCCGACAGUUCGGUGGUACAAGGGAGGCUCUGAAAUAAAGACUGGUGCUCGUUAUCUAGUGGAAUCAGAUGGAACCUUGGUAAUAUUCAAGGUUAAUAAACAAGAUGCUGGUCAAUAUCGAUGUUGUGUGAGGAACUUCUUGGGUGAUGCCAGCGCAAACGCGUCAGCCUACGUUCUUGAGGUUCCAUAUCCUCCGACAAAUCUGAAAAUAACUGACACAUGCGACAAUCGAACUACAACGCUGUCUUGGGUUGCCAGGGCUUCAAAUGAUGCACCCAUUACGCAUUUCCUGGUAGAACAAGAAUCAAACUACGAGCCUAAUGUCUUCAGAUUAAUCUUCAAUGUCACAAACCCCAAUGCCACAUCUAUUAGAUUAAAUCUUACUGGUUGGGCUACUCUUCGCUUCCGAAUGUUAGCCGUAACCAGCCUUGGCUCAAGUCGUCCGAGUUUACCCACAGAAGAAGGGGUCUGCAGCACUUCUGUUGGUGCUCCAGAAAAAUUUCCGGACAACCUCAGGGGAAAAUCAAACAAAUCUGAAGAACUGAACAUAACUUGGACUCCAUUGCCUAAGAUUGAUUGGAAUGCACCGGGCCUUCACUACAGGCUGCAAUACAGAAGAGUCGCAGACAAGCCGCUUGCUUGGGAAGAACAAAAUAUCACUGAUCCCACUGUUGGUAUGUUUAUUGUACAAGAACCCAGUCGAUGUGAGCUUUGGGAAUUUCGCAUUUGUGCGGCCAACGACGAAGGAGUAGGUCCAUUUAGUGCCAUUGAACAAUCAUUUUUUGUUCCGCAUAUUCCCAAGGGAAAGCCAGAGAACGUGACCGUGGGUAAAAUUACAGCCCAGAGUGUUAAUGUCUCGUGGGCACGUGUCGCUGAUUUAAAAGAAGGAGGUUCUGAUGGCUACAGGAUUUAUUACUGGAGUGAAAGCAGACUGAAUGGAAAGAGGCACAGACGUGAUGUUCCCAACUACGCUUCUUUUACUAAUGUAACAGAAAGCAAAAGCCACCAGAUAACAGUUUAUGGACUAAACCCUGACACAAACUAUAACCUGGCAAUCAAGGCUUUCAGCUGUGGCGGAGAAGGACCAGCCAGUGAUGAGGUGUCCUUUUCAACAAUGAGGGCUGUUUCCACAGAUCGCCCGUCCAAAACAGUAACAGAUUCAGCUACACCGGCAGGCUCAGCAACACCAACAGGUUCAGCUACUCGUCAGUACCAGGCCUUUUUCAGUAUAGUUAUAGCCUUUGGACUGUCCUUUGGCAACAUCUUGCACCACUUCUAGCAGGAGAAGGAACUCAAGAAAACCAACGAUAAUUAAGGCUUUCUUGAUAAGAUGUUGACACUUUGUUGUAGAAAUGCUUUCCAAAAACUCUUUGAAAGGAGGGUGAAUACUUUGAGAGAAUAAUGGAAUGAAGCAACAAAAAAAAAUAACAUGAAAACAGUAAACCUUCCCUUCCCGGAGUUCGUAAACUGAGACCAAGUGCUAAGCAUAGUUUGUAUGUAGAGGGGGGUGAAUAGGUUUUCGGAUCGACCGAUUUGGCCUUAAAAGGCGCACGGAUUGUGGAUUUUCCAGUAAAUCGAGCGGAUUCGCGGAUUUUGAAAACACAGUGAAUCGUGGACCAGCUGUGAAUUUUGGCGCGGAUUCCGGAUUGUGCCUGUCUUGAUGUUCGGAUCUUCCCAUCCUAAGCGAAAUUUGGAUCAAAGAUCUUUCUUCGGCCUUGGUUGGUAUGUUAAUGAGUUCAUCCAAAUUAUUUCCUUUCUCGAACAACUCAGGUGUGAGACUGCUAUUGGAAUUAUCCUGUGUAACAGUCGUCUAGCAUCAGGUUGCCCUAUUUUCUAUUUGUGCGAAAGUAACAAUGGCAUUCACAUUUACCAGUUUACCUUUGAACUUUUACACUUCUUUUUCCGGAUGUGGUUGUGGUUUCGGAUUUGAACGAAAAUAUUGGCGGAUCGACCGAUUUGGUGAAAAAAGGCACGGAUCGGUGGAUUUGCAUACCCCUAUUCAACCCCUCCUCUAUGUAUUUAAAGGUUAAGGCUUUUGUUACUGCAUAUUAUUAAAGGCAGAUAAGAGUUCAAUAGACUCAAGAGUUAAAGAAACUGUCUCCAGCGGUUCACGCAAGGUUAGAAAUUCGAGUCUUGGCGCUUUGUGUUAAUCAUUCAUUCAGAGGAAUGACACGACUUCUGUUUUAACAUCGAUCGGAGAAGCACGUAUAAUUUUUAUGCCUGGCGCUUUGAAAAUGAUUUCCAAUGCUAACAGUGCGGUGGUUCAAAACAAACUUAUUUUUUCUUUUAACCCGCUAGAUUUCCAAUUUCGUAUUUAGAUGGACGCGACCCGAUGACCGUUGGCCAUCGUCUGCGCGAUCAUGGGACUGAGACUAAAAAUAACUUUGACAGCGUGACGCAAAGCUUAAAAGGGAUUGAAAAAGAUUAUCAUAGGGCACGAGGAUGUGUUCUCUCCCCUCAUUUUCUCUUGUAUAAGCUGUAUACUUUUGAAUAAAAUAUUAAGAGAAAGCCUAGUCAAUCUUACUGGUUAGUUUAAGUUUGUUCUUCUUUAUUUUUAAAGAAGUGAUUACAACCUACAGGCCAAAAACUCUCAGGCACACUGUUAGAUUUUAGGCAAAACAAGCCUGUCAAGUUCCUUUGCAUGCAAUCCUUUAGUGGAUUUUCAUAUCCUAUCUCUGUUUGCAUUAAAUUCCAAAAGAAUCCUCACCUUUUCUUUGACAAGACAACAUCAAGUCAGUCCUUCGAUCGAGAUCCAUGAUAACCACUUUUUAGAAGAGCCAGCAGUCAGUCUUUUUGCUUCUCAAUUGGAAAUGAAAUUCUCCCUUUAUAUAGUAAAGCGUAGAACCCACGGGAGUAUAGCGUGCAUUUUCCAUAGAGUAUGCACCAAAGACAAAGUUCAGCGCGUGCCAAAGGCGCUAGUUGGACUAGUAGGGACCAGGGGCUUGCCCAGCAAGAAAUUUUUAAGAGCUCGGAAAUGCCAUUUCCCAUGGCGAGUCCAGACAAAGGUUUUAUAAAUCAAAACAUGGAGCAACGUUGAGCAUUUGAUAACUUAAUAUGUUGUUUAUGUGACAACCUUUGGGAUAAUUGUGGUGGUUUUUACAGCAGAGACUAGAAGUUUUCAAACUAGCCGAUUUCAUUAUUAAAGAUGCUUGCGUCAAUAGAUAGAUAGAUAGAUAGAUAGAUAGAUAGAUAGAUAGA